GCGCCCCCCUAUAAUUCCUCCUCCUCCCAAUCCCCCACGCCUCCAAAAUCACAGCCAUCAAUCACCGCCCCUCCAUCUUCUCCGUCCCUCUCGAAGCCUCGUGCCCCUCUUUUGAUUCGUUUCCGCCACGCAAUCCCGCAUUUUCCGCUUGUGCUAGCUUUGCCUGUGCUUGUGCCUGUGUGUGAGAGAGAGAGAGGCCGGCUAGAUGGCGGCGGCGGCGGGGAAGCACAGGAAGGAGGAGAUGGAGGAGGACGAGAUGACGCUGGAGGACGGCGACAUCGAGGAGAGCCCGCGCCAGAGCUUCGACGGCGACACCGACGAGGACGGCGAUGAGGAGGAGGACGAGGAGCGGGACGAGGAUGGGGACGGGGUCGGCUCCUUCGAGUCCCGCCAGUGGCCGCAGAGUUACCGGGAAACAACUGACACCUACACAAUCGCUGCAUCUCCGAUCUUUGGUUACCUGGGUCCUUCUACGAGCAAGUACUCAAUUGACGGUGGCCGUAGCGGUCUGGCUUCUGACCUGAAGUUGCCUCUUUUAUCGGAGAAACAAGAAUCUGUCAAGAGCCUGCGAAGACAUCUUCUUGGUUCAGUUAGAGACGAGAAACUCUCAUUUCAAUAUACUGGAGAAAUAUACGUCGGUCAAGGAUGUAGUGUUACACAAACUGUCUUCAAUGGUAUUAAUGUACUUGCUGGCGUCGGUCUUCUUUCUACUCCGUUUACAAUUCAUGAAGCUGGAUGGGCUGGUCUUGCAGUUCUGUGUGUUUUUGCGGUUGUUUGCUGUUAUACCGGAGUUCUUCUGAAGCAUUGUUUUGAGAGCAAAGAUGGCAUUUCAACCUACCCAGAUAUCGGGGAGGCUGCCUUUGGAAGAAUUGGCCGCUUGAUCAUAUCUAUUAUUUUGUACACAGAAUUAUAUUCAUAUUGUGUGGAAUUCAUUAUCUUGGAAGGUGAUAAUAUGACAUCAAUCUUUCCUGGCGUUAAUAUUAAUUGGCUUGGGAUUCAUGUCGAUAGUAAACAUUUCUUUGGAGUGUUAACUGCUCUUAUAGUCCUGCCAACAGUAUGGCUGCGAGAUCUUCGAGUGCUCUCAUACCUUUCAGCGGGUGGUGUUAUUGCAACUCUUGUGGUUUUCGUAUCUGUUGUUCUAGUCGGCACUACUGACGGUAUAGGGUUCCAUUCGACUGGGGAGGCAGUAAAGUGGAGUGGCAUGCCCUUUGCAAUUGGUAUUUAUGGUUUCUGCUACUCUGGGCACUCAGUAUUUCCGAAUAUCUACCAGUCAAUGUCUGAUCGCACAAAAUUCACUAAGGCACUGUUUAUAUGUUUUGCAAUUUGCACAGCAAUAUAUGGCUCGUUUGCUAUUUUUGGCUAUCUCAUGUUUGGUGACAAGACUCUGUCACAAAUAACUUUGAAUCUUCCAAAAGAGUCAUUUGCCUCGAAAGUUGCACUGUGGACCACGGUGAUCAAUCCUUUCACCAAAUUUGCCUUGUUGUUGAACCCAUUGGCUCGGAGUUUAGAAGAAUUGCGGCCUGAAGGAUUUUUGAAUGAAACAAUCUGUGCUAUUGUACUGAGGACUGGCCUUGUUGCAUCAACUGUUGUCAUUGCCUUUCUCCUGCCAUUCUUUGGUCUCGUGAUGGCUCUGAUUGGAUCUCUUCUUAGUAUACUUGUGGCCGUCAUAAUGCCCGCCUUGUGCUUCUUGAAGAUCACGCAGAAUAAAGCAACGCGAACACAGGUCGUUGCAAGCGUUGGGAUAAUAGUACUGGGAGUCGUCAGCGCUGCUCUUGGAACGUACUCCUCGGUAGCCAGAAUUAUCGGAUACUACUGAUUGUUCCAAGGCAAAUCUCUUCGACAGCUCUCAGUGUGGUUGCUCACUUGCUAGAGUUUUUGCGGUGUACCAAUGAGUUUUACGGAGUUUUAUGUGGAUCGUUCGACCUAGUAUGGUCGAUUGCAAAGACUGCAUCACUAGCAACUGCGUAGUCAUGGUGCGUUUUAGCUGCUGCGGUAUCAUUUUCGUGUGCUCUCAAGUCUCUGUCGCUGUGGUUUAAUAUUGUCAGUUAUUUUAGAACAGCAAUCUGGUUUUGUAGGUUCAUGAAACAAAGUACAAUAGAUCAAUACCAACUCUAUUACUGUAUAGUAGUAUUUCAAAGUCAACUUCUCUACAUUUAUUAUUGUCAGCUUUUUUUCUUUGAGAGGAUUAUUAUUGUCA